AUGUGCACUCAGCCUAUGCGGAGCCCCGUCUGUGUCAUUUGGACCGUCUUGAUCCAGAGUUGGGGGAUAAGCGAUGCUCACUCAGAGGGAGAUGCUGGCCCUUCUGGUCCUCACCUGCUGCCCUCUGGAGCACUGGACAGCAGCAGUCUGGCUAAAGACAGCCCUGAAAAGAGAGUGACAACAGCCCCUCCGAAUCCCAUGCAGUCGGGGGAAGAGCUAGGCGAGCUAGAGUUGGAAGGGACAGCACCCUCCGUGCAUCACGACUCCCCAGCCCUGUCACCUCUGCUUCCAGAGGAGGCUGGCACCAAGCACCCCUUCUCCCCCAGGAAGCAACUGCCUUCUCUCAAGCAGGUGAACUUGGCCAGGAAGCAGCUAAAGCCGACAGCCACCUCCACAGCCACCGUCCAGAGGGCAGGGUCCCAGCCAGCAUCCUCGGGCCCGGGUCUCUUCUCCUCCUCCACGGAGAAGCCCCACCCACCAGGGGACCCGGAUCCUGUCGUCUCCUUUGAGCCAUCGUCAGAGGUGCCCUUCUGGCUGGACGAGAAGAAAGAUGCGGUCCCCACGACGCCAGCACCCCUGCAAAUCUCCCCCUUCACCUCGCAGCCAUAUGUGGCCCACACGCUGCCCCAGAAGCCGGACCCCGGGGAGCCCAACAUACCUGACCAGGCCCAGGAGGCUGCCCCUGAGGAUGCCAGCCCCAUGAGCCUGGGGGACAAAGGUGAGAACGAGUUGACGGGGUCAGCCUCAGAAGAGAGCCAGGAGACCACCACGUCCACCAUUAUCACCACCACGGUCAUCACCACUGAGCAGGCCCCAGCUCUCUGCAGCGUGAGCUUCUCCGAUCCUGAGGGGUACAUUGACUCCAGCGACUACCCACCGCUGCCCCUCAACAACUUCCUGGAAUGCACGUACAACGUGACAGUCUACACUGGCUACGGGGUGGAGCUCCAGGUGAAGAGCGUGAACCUGUCCGAUGGGGAGCUGCUCUCCAUCCGUGGGGUGGACGGCCCCACCCUGACAGUCCUGGCCAACCAGACACUCCUGGUGGAGGGGCAGGUAAUUCGAAGCCCCACCAACACCAUCUCCGUCUACUUCCGGACCUUCCAGGAUGAUGGCCUUGGGACCUUCCAGCUGCACUACCAGGCCUUUAUGCUGAGCUGCAACUUUCCCCGCCGUCCUGACUCUGGGGAUGUCACAGUGAUGGACCUGCACUCAGGCGGGAUGGCCCACUUCCACUGCCACCUGGGCUAUGAGCUGCAGGGUGCCCAGACACUGACCUGCAUCAAUGCCUCCAAGCCCCACUGGAGCAGCCAGGAGCCCAUCUGCUCAGCCCCUUGUGGAGGGGCUGUGUACAACGCCACCAUCGGUCGUGUCCUCUCCCCAAGUUACCCUGGAAAUGCCAAUGGGAGCCAAUUCUGCGUGUGGACGAUAGAAGCUCCAGAAGGCCAGAAGUUGCAUCUGCACUUUGAGAGGCUGUUGCUGCAUGAGAAGGACAGGAUGAUGGUCCACAGCGGGCAGACCAACAAGUCCACUCUUCUCUAUGACUCUCUUCAAACCGAGAGUGUCCCCUUCGAGGGCCUGCUGAGCGAAAGCAACACCAUCCGCAUCGAGUUCACAUCUGACCAGGCCCGGGCAGCCUCAGCCUUCAACAUCCGAUUUGAGGCCUUUGAAAAAGGCCACUGCUAUGAGCCCUACAUUCAGAAUGGGAACUUCACCACAUCCGACCCGACCUAUAACAUUGGGACCAUAGUGGAAUUCACCUGCGACCCUGGCCACUCCCUGGAGCAGGGUCCGGCCAUCAUCGAGUGCAUCAAUGUGCGGGACCCGUACUGGAACGACACGGAGCCCCUAUGCAGAGCCAUGUGUGGUGGAGAACUUUCUGCUGUGGCUGGAGUGGUGCUGUCCCCAAAUUGGCCAGAGCCCUAUGUGGAAGGUGAAGAUUGUAUCUGGAAGAUCCACGUGGGGGAAGAGAAACGGAUCUUCUUAGAUAUCCAGUUCUUGAACCUGAGCAACAGCGACAUCUUGACCAUCUAUGACGGAGAUGAGGUCAUGCCCCACAUCUUGGGGCAGUACCUUGGGAACAGUGGGCCUCAAAAGCUGUACUCCUCCACGCCUGACCUAACCAUCCAGUUCCACUCAGACCCUGCCGGCCUCAUCUUUGGAAAGGGCCAGGGAUUUAUCAUGAACUACAUAGAGGUGUCAAGGAAUGACUCCUGCUCAGAUUUGCCUGAGAUCCAGAAUGGCUGGAAAACCACUUCUCACACAGAGCUUGUGAGGGGGGCCAGAAUCACCUAUCAGUGCGAUCCCGGCUACGACAUCGUAGGGAGUGACACACUCACCUGCCAGUGGGACCUCAGCUGGAGCAGCGACCCCCCAUUUUGUGAGAAAAUUAUGUACUGCACUGACCCUGGAGAGGUGGACCACUCAACCCGCCUAAUUUCGGAUCCUGUGCUGCUGGUGGGCACCACUAUCCAGUACACCUGCAACCCUGGUUUUGUGCUUGAAGGGAGUUCCCUUCUGACCUGCUACAGCCGUGAAACGGGGACUCCCAUCUGGACAUCACGCCUGCCCCAUUGUGUUUCGGAGGAGUCCCUGGCAUGUGACAACCCAGGGUUGCCUGAGAAUGGAUACCAAAUCCUGUACAAGCGACUCUACCUGCCAGGAGAGUCUCUCACCUUCAUGUGCUACGAAGGCUUCGAGCUCAUGGGAGAAGUAACCAUUCGAUGUAUCCUGGGACAGCCAUCCCACUGGAAUGGGCCACUGCCCGUUUGUAAAGUUAAUCAAGACAGUUUUGAACAUGCUUUAGAAGCAGAAGCGGCAGCCGAGUCGUCACUGGAAGGGGGCAACAUGGCGCUUGCCAUCUUCAUCCCGGUCCUCGUCAUCUCCUUACUGCUGGGAGGAGCCUACAUUUACAUCACAAGAUGUCGCUAUUACUCUAACCUCCGCCUGCCCCUGAUGUAUUCCCACCCCUACAGCCAGAUCACCGUGGAAACCGAAUUUGACAACCCCAUUUACGAGACAGGGGAAACCAGAGAGUAUGAGGUUUCCAUCUAAAGAGAGCUACACUUGAGAAGGGAACUUACGG